AUGGCACGGGCAACGCAAGGCCUCAAGAACUGGAAGGCACCCGGCCACGACUCCCUCCCUGCCGAGUUGCUCAAGAUCGAUGAAGACGAACCCUUCGUCCUGGGACACCUCCAUACCAUCCUCGUCAAGGUGUGGAACGGAGGAGAUAUUCCGCGAGAGUGGAAGGAUGCAACCAUCAAGGUGCUGUACAAGAAGGGUGACCGGUCCAACUGUAACAACUACAGGGGGAUUUCGCUACUAUCUCAAGUAGGCAAGGUCCCCAUGAAGAUCAUCACCAACCGUCUAAGCGCCUUCUGCGAAGCCAACAACAUCCUCCCGGAGGAACAGUGCGGAUUUCGACCCGGGCGAUCCACCGUCGACAUGCUGUUCGUCUUGCGCCGCCUCCAGGAGCUGGGGCGGAGAAAGAAAAUACCGCUCUACAUGUGCUUCGUCGACUUGAACAAGGCGUAUGAUUCGGUGGACCGAGAGAUGCUAUGGAAGGUGGUGGCCAGGGCCAGGAUUCCCGCGAAGCUGAUCGAAGUCGUCCGCCAAUUCCACGAUGGAAUGCGGGCACGGGUGCGCAUGGACGACGGAGAACUAUCGGACUGAUUCUUCGUGACAUAGGGCGUGCGACAAGGAUGUGUGCUAUCCCCACUGCUGUUCAGCAUCUUCUUUGCCGAUGUCCUCGAGGUCGUUGUCAUCCGAUUCAGCGAGGAUGAUGUUGUUCUGCGGAGCCUGGUGUGCUUGGAGGAGGGGAAGACGGAAGCGGGGGGGGAGGAGGAGACACCCCUUGACCGAGUACGGAGGGCAGUAUGGGGAAUACUGUAUGCCGAUCAUGCCGGCGUCGUAUCGAGGUCUGCAGAAGGACAGGCGAGAAUGAUGCAAUCAUCGUUGAGGUGUUCGGGGAGUUCGGGCUAACGGUGUCGGAGAAGAAGACGGAGACGCUCCUGAUGCGCGCAAAGGGCAAGCAGACUACAACAUCACAGCCCGCCCUGCCUCCACCGCUGACCGUCGAAGCCGCGGGACAGAAAUACGCCCAGACGACCGAGUUCCGGUACCUCGGUGGCCUCGUCAACGAACAUGGCGACCUCACCCGGGAGAUCAACUACAGGAGCAGAGGAGCGUGGGCGUGCCUCAGGCGAUAUGGCCGGGAGCUCUUCGACAGACCGCAAGCGCCAUUCCAACUCAAGAUCCGCCUGCUCCAGGCGGAGGCGAUGGAGGCACUGCUGUACGGCUGCAUGACAUGGUCACCACUC